CUUUGUGCUGCAGGCGCUGUUUUCUCCUCCUCAUGUUCUGGCUUUCCCCACAGCUGACAGUCUACCCACAGCUCCCCCGCGUAAGAUGUUUACGCGAUAUCCUACACACAUGCGAGGACUUUCURUGGCUUUCCUUCUGAUCCUGAUCCAAGCAUCUUCCUGCAACAUUGUCACUGGUCUGACUGGGCAGAAUGUGACUUUGCCCUGCACAUAUGAUGCUCAAACUAAAGGAGUCACAAGUUUCUGCUGGGGACAUGGGAAGGUGCCAUUGAUCCAGUGCUCCAACAGAGUCCUCGCAGUCCAGGARGGGUAUGUGGUCUUCAGGAAGUCCCCCAGGUACCAGCUGCUGGGACGGGUCACAGAGGGUGUCAUCUCCCUGACCAUCCUGAACGUUCAGAGGAGUGAUGCUGGUGCGUACGGCUGCAGGGUGGAGUUCCCRGGCGUGUUCAACGACCAGAAGGUCAACAUAGACCUGAUGAUAGAAGAUGCUCCUGUAGAACAACCUGAAGUAACAACAAAAGUGUCGACAGCGGAGAGAAUUCACACAGAUGAGCAGGAAACAUUCAGCGCCUUCUUGGGAGUGGGGAACAUCUGUAGGAUGGCAGCUAUUUUCUUCUUCUCCAUAAUCAUAAUCCUCAUCUUGAUUAUCCGAGGAAGGACAGUGGUGUCGAGGGGGAAGCAGCAUCUCAACAUCUUCACUGUUGAGAAUAUUUAUGAAACGGCUUAAUGAGGCUGGCAUUAUGGCAACAAGAAGACUAAAGAAAUUCUGGUUCCAAAAUAGUUUGUCAUGUGAUAAAACAGUCUGACUUGGUGUCUUUUUUAAAAUAAUUAACUUCAGAAUCCUCUAAAUAAAAAACAAAAAUGUCUUUCUUUCUCACUAAAGCAGCCAAGAGUUUCCAUCAGAGGACUCUGAGAUGGACAAAGAUGGAGAAGGCAAAAAUAUCCUGCAGAUUAAUUAAUCCGCUUUUAGUUUCUGUCUUUCUGCCAAGAAAAGUUUGGGAAUUAUUUUAAAGAUGUGUUCAUACUGCCAUCUGCUGGUUUWACUGAAUAGUAUCAGCAGAAUAUAAAAGAAAAUAUGAGUUUACCUUUACAAGCUCACCUUUAUUAGGUCAUUUAGCUUUACUAAGAGUAACAUGRUAUAAAGUGAUUUAUUAUCAUUUUUAUGUUUUAUUAAAUGCACUUCAAAUGAUUGAAAACUAGGAGGCAAACAUUUUGACUCAUAAAGGUAAAAAAUGUCCUCAAUAGUUUUGAGUCACAAUUAUUAAGUCUCAGCUGUUYGACAAGAUACUUCUUGCAUUUUUACAGCAUUUUUUACCUCUUUCUAAUUUGUAAAUAUUACUAUUUUUUUCUUUUCUUAAGAUUUUUUCUUUCUUGCACUGUGACCUCAUUUUAUUAUUUUUGGAUGUUAAUUUCUUUUGACACAUCUGCUUGAUUAAAAAUCCUAACAACAAUGA